AAAACCCUAAGUGUACUUGAUAGAAGGAAAAAAGAAAAACAAACCAUUACCGCUAGUUUUCUCUCCAAAGUCAAGCUCAAAUUCUAGGCUAUGGCGACUCGCUCACUAGAUGAAGAAACACAGAAGAAAAUCAUCCGUCAGGUUGAAUUCUACUUCAGCGAUAGCAAUAUUCCAAGAGAUGGGUUCUUGAAGAAAACCAUUGAAGAAAGCGAAGAUGGAUUGGUUAGCUUGGCUUUAAUUUGUUCAUUCGCUAGAAUGAGACUUCAUCUUGGUUUGGGUGGAGAGUUGAAACCAGAAGAUGUUUCUGAAGAUACAUUGAAAGCUGUUUAUGAAACCCUGAAAAAAGCAUCUACGCUUCUCAAAUUCUCCGAAGAUGGGAAGAAAGUUGGUAGGAGAACUGGGCUUCCAAAACCAGAGGUUGUCCACCAAAUUGAUGAAAGAACGGUUGCUGUAUCGCCUCUCGAACAUGAUGUUACUCGGGAAGAUCUGGAGACCUUCUUUUCUCAAUAUGGAAAGGUGAAUAGUGUAAGGCUACCUAAACAUGUUGGAGAUAAAAAAGUCUUUUGCGGUACUGGGUUAGUUGAAUUCUCAUCAGACGAAGAUGCUGCAAAUGUUCUUAAGCAAAGCCUAUCUUACGCUGGCACCGAGCUUGAACUAAAACCUAAGAAAGAUUAUGAUGUUGAAAGAGAAGAAAUGAAGGUUGAAUUUGAGAAAACUCGCGCCUUGAGAGAAUCUAAAGAUAAUACCAACUCUGAGCCAGACUAUCCCAAAGGUUUAAUUGUCUCCUUCAAGCUAAAGAAUAUCUCAGCAGGAGGAUCUGUUGAAGAUACAGCCAUUCCUGAGACUACUGAUGGUGGAGUUCCAGAAGGUCAGAAGGCCUCAGAAAACUCUGAAGAAGCUGAAAAAGAAACUUCAGCUAUGGAGACUGACAAUGACAAAAAUACAGGAGAAGGUAAGAGUAAAGAGAAGUCAGAUGAGGAUGGCAAUCAAGAGAAUGUAAAGAAGACAACAGUUGGAGGGGGACCUGACAGUGAUGGCGAGGAUAUUGUCACACGUGAGGAUAUGAAGAGCACCUUCGGUAAAUUUGGAACCGUCAAGUAUGUUGACUACACAAGGGGAGCAGAAUCAGGUUACAUACGUUUUGAAGAUCCAGAAGGAGCUCAAAAAGCUCGUGCUGCAGCAGUGCUGGUCGAAGGAGGCCUGGUUGUUAAAAGGAAUUACACAGCUUCCUUGGAAGCAGUAACCGGUGAUGCUGAAAAGGAGUACUGGGGAUUACUUCGUGGUAGUCAGGUCAAUCGUCGUCAAGGGGAUAAAGGCAACCAUGGAAGGGGUGGAAGAAACUUUAGAGGACGAAGAGGGAAUGAUUCUGGGAGGCCGCAUAAAGCUCAAAGAGUUUGAGCUUAAAGUCUACCAUGACCAGAUAGACGAUAGUCUCUUUGUUCAGAAUUUUGGUAAAAUGUAGGUGACUGUAAGAUCCACGUUAUAUGUUAUAUGAGCUAUAAUAGUUACUCUUUUAAGUGUUCAAUCCGUUCUUCUCUUUUAACUGGAUAAUAUGAAAUUGGAGAGUUCUUUUGUUGCCAGUUUAGUGCUCAACUCUGUGAUACUGCCAGUUUACCUCAUAUCAGCUUUCUUCGUUUUCAGCUA